UGGGUGUUACAGUCAAACCCUUCCCUAGGUGCCUGUGACAAGUGCCUUAUAGUUCCGGGCCGAUAUGGAGCCGCUGCGGAAAUUGCUGGAGAAUCUUCGCGCUAUACAGGAGAAACUGCGAGAUGGAGAAUCCAAGGAAAGUAACAAUAUCUUUAAUCCUGCCUUCUUCUGGAAUACAUUAGAACAAGCCUUUAAAGCCACUUCUCAGGAAGCCACCAAAAUCAGCCUGGCUUACUCCAAGCCCCCGGUGCCAUCAGAAGAGGACUGUCAGAAGCUAAGUGACGGGCUUCUCAAUGCUAUUCUGGCAGCUUCCACUUUGUAUUAUUCUCUCCCAAAAGAGCAAGGUACCACAUUACGCAAGACAGUGAGAGAGGCGGUGGCAGAUGUGAUAGAAGGCACCAUGCAGCUGCUUGACGUCAUCCUGAGCGCCCGCAUUCAGAGUUUGUCGCAGGCGCAGCUCGUAUCCACAGGCAGCGUAUGGGAAGCCUGUGAUAAUUUUGCACAGAUCCCUAAAGAUAACCGUGCAGCAGUAGUUGGGAUAAUAUCCGGUUAUCUGGGCGUUGUGAAGGAUGCGCUAGAAGAGAUGGAAGAGGCUUUGGCAGGGGGAGACGAUCCUUUCAGUGACGUCUUAGACGAUGAUGAUAUGGGUGCUCGGGGAAACCAGGACACAUACUGGUCCGAAGCUGAUCGCAGACUUAUAGCCCCCUGCUUAGGUCUAAUGAAAGCUUCUAAAGCUUGUCUGAAGAAGGUGCUUGGUACCCUAAAGGCCCACGGCAAGGUGGAGACAUCAGAACAAGUGGCACAGCUAGAUGACCUGGGAGAUAUUACCCAGGAGGUCAGCCCCAGUGUGGAUGAACUGGCCCUUAGCAUGUACCCUCCUAUGAACCACCUGGCAGUGCGGCUAAAUGCUGCGAAGUUAUCCUCUGUGCUGAAGAAAGUGCUUGAAAUAACAAGUGCCAGCCAUGUUUGCCCUGACACAGAAUCCAACUGGGUCCAAUUCCUCCACAAUGCCGUUGAUCACAAUAUGAACAAAGUGAAAGGCCUGACCCAGGAUUCUCUCUGACAUUUGCGCACAUCAAUGCUGGAAUAAGAUCAUGCACAUCAUUGUCGCCUCCAAGUAAAGUAAGGAAAUGUGACUGAGGAGCAGGAAGAUCUAGGAUGUUUGAUGACUUCUCACGUGCAAACAGACCUGUUUAUUUCCAUAUCGAAAAAGCUUCCUCAUCUUCAUCGAUGUCUCAUGUAUCAGGAGACAUCAACCGCUUGAAGACCAAGCGGGGCAGCUUGUGUAUACCUAUAGCUCGCAUGCCCCGGAGCACUUUAAGGGAACUAUCAGGCAGGCCCGCUAUAUCAUGAUGAAAUAAAAUUAUUUAUCUAGCUUUAUUUUGUGUUCUAUUCUCCGGAUGAUUUGCGAUGCUCCCAGGCACCACGUCAUCAUGAGUCGGGAGAAACUGCUACUGUUUCCAGCCCGUCAUUUAGUGCAGGGUUUGUAGGGUAACGUCUGGUGCCGUGGAUGGAAGCCUCAUAUUUCUUAUGUAGAAACAGGUGUCAAUAAAGCUCGGCUUUAAUAUCUG